AUUGGAUUCGUCGAUGUUCCUCAAGGUGAUGAGGAGAAACUCAAGGAGGCUGUGGCCACCAUUGGACCCGUCUCCGUUGCCAUCGAUGCCUCCCACGAAUCCUUCCAGUUUUACUCUCACGGCGUUUAUGAUGAGCCUGAGUGCGAUCCUAGUGCUCUCGAUCACGGGGUUUUGGUUGUUGGUUAUGGUUCUGACAAUGGAUCCGACUAUUGGUUGGUGAAGAACUCGUGGAGUACCAAAUGGGGAGAUGCUGGUUUCAUCAAGAUGGCCAGGAAUAAG